CCCCCCACCCACUCUCUAUCCAGUCCACAUCCCCUCGCACUCCCUUUGCUCCCCUCCUCCCUCCCCUCCUUCUCUGGCCAGUCACAGGCGUACGCACACGCGCACGCACGUCGGCCUGCUUCGCCCAGCUGGCGGUCCAUUCCGACGCGUCCCGAAAAAAAAAAACAAAAACAAGCACGCCCCGAUCCCUGGCCCCGUUAAACUUCCUCCCCCUGUGGCGUUCUCCCCCUUAUACUCAUCUCGCCCUACACGCAUCCGUGAUAUCGCACCAUGGCGGUGGUUUACUACCGGUUCCGCUCGGCUGACCGCGGGCGUGCGGUUCAAUUCGAGGGCACGCGCAUUCAGCUUGAUGAGCUGAAGCGCCGGAUCAUGGAGGCAGAGCGCAUCACGCCUGGCGUCGAGUAUUUGCGCUUGUACAAUGAGGAGAACGAUACCGAAAUUACCGGCCCAUUUGUAAAUGGAAACUCAUCCGUGCUGGUGAGCCGCGCGCCGGUGUCGCGGUCCUUCGCCGGGCAGUAUGGUGCCCCGGCAUACCAGCAGCGGCGAACCAUUGUCAACCCGGUCCCCCAGGCAGCACCGGUGCUUGGGGCCACCUCCCUGGCUGGGAUUGAUGCUCGGCCGAUUGGCAUGUCGGCCGAUGAGGCUCGCUUCCUGCGAGGGACUCCAUCCUCCGGGCCCGAGGCCGCAAACCCGGCGGGCCCAGCGGCGGCUGCCGGGUCUGAGCCCGGCGAUUCGGCCACCCCUUCCGGCGAGCCUGGUGCCGCCUCGCUGGAUCUGCUCAAGCUCCAGGCCAUGCAGGAGUCGUCCCUGCAAAAUGCCCAGCAGGCGCCCCUGGGCUUGCCACAGCCUCGACACGGGCCGAUGAUGGGUCCGGGGGGUGGGAUGCGCCCAGGCGGGCCGGGCGGCAUGGGACCCAUGCCUGGGCAGCCGGGCUUCACCCCGCGCCCGGAGCCCACUCGCGCCGUGUACGGCAUUCCUCGAGCGCAGUUGAAGUCCGACGAUGCUUCCGGCACCUUCCGAGUGGUCCCCAAUGACAAGCAAUUUAACAAGCACACGCGCGUGCUGGCCGUGGCCAAUACCGCCUCUUCGGUGGAUGAGGUUGCCCCGCCUGAGCAAUUUGCCUGCCCCAUCUGCCAUAAACUCCUGCGGGAGGCCUCAACCGUGGACUGCUGCUUUACCAGCUUCUGUGACUCAUGCAUUCGCGACUAUCUGGUGGACGAUGAUCGCCUGCAGUGCUUCCACUGCAAGCGACCGGGCGUUCAUCCAGACAUGAUCCAGCCGAAUCCUGCUCUGCGGAGUAAGGUCGAGGCGUAUCGGGCGUCGGUGAUCGAAUCGGCCGCGGCCACCGGCGGGUCGCCACACUCCGGGUCCUCGAGCCCGCAUGUGCACUCGCCCUCCUCGGUGGAGACUGCUCCAGCCCCGGGCGGUCCUGGCAUCAGCAUUUCCAAAAACCCCGCCUCAUCGGUGAAUAUUAGCUCACUGCCGGCCCAUGGCGCUGGUUCGCGGCACCGGGGCGGCUCAGGCAGUGAGGCACAGCAGCACCACCAACACCACCACCACCAGCAGCAGCAGCAGCAGCAGCAUCAGCAGCAUCAACAGCACCAGCAGCACCAUCAACACCAGCAGCACCAUCAACACCACCAACACCACCAACAGCACCAACAGCAGCAUUCGCAGCAGCGCCCCCCACCACGCUCGGACCGCAUGCAUGCCUCUUCCCAGCCCAUGGUUCCCCGGCAGGGCCCCUCCACAUCGACUCUUUCAAUCAAGCCGCUGGCGACGGCCGGCAGCGGUGGUGGUGGUGGCGGCGGUGGCGGCGGCGGCGCCCAUACCGCACCAUUUGCUGGCACCAGACCGCGCGGGCUGACGGAACCCAUGGAAGCGACGCAUGGCCAUGACAGUGCCAUGCCACCAUUGGCUGUCCCGGUUCGAAACUACAGUCAGGCCUACAUUGUGGGAGCGCUCGAGUCUCUUGUGCAGAACUACCAGCAACAGGGACAGGAAACCUCGGUCCAGAGUCUCUUCUUGCUGAUGGAUGAUGCGGUAUUGGACAGCAUCGUCGGGGCCUACUGCGCGGCUGGUGGCCAGCCUUCAACCAGCAACAUUGUCCUUCCGCGGCGGCCGCUCCCGACCGAGGGCGGUGCGCCUCGGCGGCCCGAUCACCCUCCCCGGCCGUCAUCGCCACGCCAGUCGCCACACGACUUGGGCCGUAGCGAGGAGGGCCAUCCCUCGCGUGGGUCAUCCUCACGCUCGCGCUCUCGGUCGCGCUCUCGAUCUCGAUCCCGCGGUGGCGACCCGCACCGGUCAUCGCGCGAUCGGUCCGGGCGCCCGCCGAUUGACCAGCGCUGGCGGUCGGACUCCCGAUCGGACUCCCGCUCUCAGGACUGGGAACACGACCGUCGGAGGCGCGCCCGCGGGGGGGAUCACCAUCCCGCUGGGAAGGCCGAUCACCGAGACAAGCGCGCCCGUAAUGGUGAGCCCGGCUCUGCGUCGCCCUCAGGCGACAGGGCCCGCGGGGAGCCUUCGAGGCACUCCAGCCGGAGUGGUGGUGGUGGUGGUGACGGCAGCGCCUCUUCGCGGUCCGGCUCGUCUAAGUCCCAGACUACGGCAGCUGUGGCGGCUUCCAGCGCCAACUAGCCAGAGCUGCGGGCUGGCGGCCCGCCCUUUCCCCCAGGGCCUCA